GGCACGCCUUUUCUCCAAUGAGAGAAACUGUGCCAGUUUCUAAGCGUUUCACUCAAAUCAGACCUAUUGGGUUAGAAACCUGUUUCCUAUCUCACAAAUCCAGUGUAUGGAUAUAUAUAUCACGAUUCAGCCGCACAUACAGAGUCUGUGGGCGACGGUGUCACUGCGGCUGUUACACGUGUUGUCAUCAUGAUGGAAAUGUAAGGAAUGAUACAGCUGAAGCGUCAGAGGGAGGAGAGCAGUGCACAGGGCAUGGAGGCAGCUAGCACCAAGCAUCCAGGUCGAGGGAUGAUCAAGCUAGCACUGCAUUAGCAAGCUGUAUCAUAUCCAGAGGAGAUCUCCAGCUAUCCAGUCGUAAACAGAGGGCAAAUGCAACACGUUGCUGGCUGACUGUCAUUCAUAAAGACUGAACCUAUUCAUGGGAUGACGGCUUCCUUUGUGUUCUGCUGCAUCGCCGCUGUGCUUGUACGACCUGGCCUCUCAUCUCUCUCAGCAUCUGAACUCAUACUGGCCUCCUGACAUCUGUAAGGCUCAUGCGGCGCUUUGUUUACUGUAAGGUGGUGCUUACCACCUCGCUGGUCUGGGUGCUGGUAGAUGUCUUCCUGCUGCUGUACUUCAGCGAGUGUAACAAAUGUGACAACAGGAAGGAACGCUCUCUCCUGCCUGCUCUCAGAGCCGUGAUGUCACGAACUCGUGAGGGUCCAGGAGAGAUGGGGAAGGCUGUGAUUGUCCCGAAAGAGGACCAGGAGAAGAUGAAGGAACUAUUUAAAAUCAACCAGUUCAACCUGAUGGCCAGUGACAUGAUAGCACUCAACAGAAGCCUGCCCGAUGUUCGAUUGGACGGGUGUAAAACAAAGGUGCACCCAGAUGACCUGCCCAACACCAGCAUUGUGAUUGUUUUCCACAACGAGGCCUGGAGCACUCUCUUGCGUACCGUACAUAGCGUCAUUAACCGCUCGCCGAAGCACCUGCUGGUGGAGAUCCUACUGGUGGAUGAUGCCAGUGAAAGAGAUUUCCUAAAGAAGACGCUAGAGGACUACGUAAAGACACUGGAGGUACCGGUGCGGAUCUUGAGGAUGGAGCAACGUUCCGGGCUGAUCAGGGCGAGGCUGAGAGGAGCGGCUGCUACCAGAGGUCAGGUUAUCACCUUCCUGGAUGCUCACUGUGAAUGCACUAUGGGCUGGUUGGAACCACUGCUCGCCCGCAUUAAAGAAGACAGGAAAGCUGUGGUCUGCCCCAUCAUUGAUGUCAUCAGUGAUGAGACCUUUGAGUACAUGGCGGGCUCAGACAUGACAUACGGUGGCUUUAACUGGAAGCUGAACUUCAGGUGGUACCCUGUUCCUCAGAGAGAGAUGGACAGACGCAAAGGAGAUCGCACUUUACCCGUCAGAACUCCCACCAUGGCUGGCGGUUUGUUUUCCAUCGACCGAACCUAUUUUGAUGAGAUUGGCACCUAUGACCCCGGGAUGGACAUAUGGGGAGGAGAGAACUUAGAAAUAUCUUUCAGGAUCUGGCAGUGCGGCGGCUCUCUGGAGAUCGUCACAUGUUCCCACGUAGGCCACGUGUUUCGGAAGGCAACUCCUUACAGUUUCCCUGGAGGUACCGGCCAAGUUAUCAACAAGAACAACAGACGACUGGCUGAAGUCUGGAUGGAUGAAUUCAAGGACUUUUUUUACAUCAUAUCACCAGGUGUGGUCCGAGUGGACUAUGGAGACGUAUCUGCUCGGAAGGCUCUGAGAGAAGCUCUGCAGUGUAAACCUUUCUCCUGGUAUCUGGAGAACAUCUACCCUGACUCACAGAUACCCCGCAGAUACUACUCUCUUGGAGAGAUUAGAAAUGUGGAGACCAACCAGUGUGUGGACAACAUGGGAAGGAAAGAGAAUGAGAAAGUUGGUUUUUUUAACUGUCAUGGCAUGGGUGGCAACCAGGUGUUUUCCUACACAGCAGAUAAAGAAAUCCGGACUGAUGACCUGUGUCUCGAUGUGUCUCGUCUGAAUGGCCCCGUCAUCAUGCUGAAGUGCCACCACAUGAAAGGCAACCAGAUGUUUGAGUAUGAUGCUGAGCGCCUGACCUUGCUACAUGUGAACAGUAAUCAGUGUUUGGACAUGCCCUCGGAGGAGGAUAAAAUGGUUCCCACACUGAGAGACUGCAAUGGUAGCCGCUCGCAGCAGUGGCUCCUCAGAAACAUGACCUUAAGUAUGUGAAGUGGAUGAUAUGAAAGAGCCAAGCUAAAGUCACAGGAUCUCACAUGGUCAUUACUGAAGUGUGAUCUGGCCUUUAACCUGCACUUUGGAUCUUUACAUGUCUGUUUGAAGCUCACAGACUUUCAGCAUUGCAGAUGUGUUAAACUGUUCAUAUCUCGGCUCAUUUAGCACGCAUGUAUUGUCCUGUCGCCGUAGCUGUGCACACGCGGUAUACGAUAUUUCACCUGGACGGCUGCCAGACAAAGUGUUCUCAAAAUGGACCUGAAGCAGUUUGCUCUAGUUGUUAAAAUACUGACAUGAAGAAAAGAAAGAAGACUUUUUAGAAACUUGUGGUGGUAGUGGGGAGGUUUUUCGCACUUUACAUCAAAUACGCAUUCGUAAUCAUGCAUAGCUUUAUCAUCUGAACCUUUAGGGUCCUCUUCCUCUCCUGGCACCGAAAUAUAAUAUUACAGUACAAUUACAGCUACAGAUGGCAACUUCUGGGUUCAACCAGAGUGGAUUAUAAGAUGAUGGUGUUUUUUUAUUUUCCUGCAACAUCUGCUGAGUGUUUUCUCUGGUGCUCUAAUUGGGUAUUGCUGUUUGCAGAUUUAACAGCUUUUUAUAUGUUCUCACUCUGCUUGAAUUUUCACUCUUAACCCUUGGGAUAUAUGGGACCACUCUUGUGACCAGCAGAUCAUUCUGCCCAGUCCAACACUGAGUGUUGUGGGGUCUUGCAGAUCCAAAAAAAGUCAUGUAGUGUCUAAAGAGCAUUGUAAAAUCUCCACCAGACUGUAGAGAUCUUGGCUGCUAAAAAUAUCCCAGAACCACCCAGAAUUCAAUGUGUUAUGUUCCCAACUCUGUCUGUAUCCCUGCUCUUCACUGGAUUCCUGUCACCAUGCAGUUACCCAACAACUUUCAGCUGAAAUGCAGAUAUACCUCCGCUUUGGGAACAAUUCAGCACCAGCGAUGGGCCAACCUUACAGUUUUAUCCACAAGGCAUUAGAUUUACCUACAAUUUGAGGGAGUUAAAGCCAUAAUCCAGUAGCAUCUGUUUCACCGCCCGUCUGGAACUAUUCCAGAGACUGAUCUUCAGGAUAGUGAAUGGAAGCUCUACAGUCUGUUAUGUCCUGCUGUCCACUGCGUUCUUUAAUACCGACACAAUAUUUUUAACUCCACUGACACGUUUUCCAUAUAUGAUUGCAGAGUGAUUGUCAAUUAUUGGUAGCUUAUAAUAAUAAUAAUAAUAAUGAUGAUGAUGAUGAUGAUGAUAGUGGAUCAGUAAGACCAAGAAUCUCUGAAGCAAGCUUCAAUGGUUACUGUAUCUAGUUUUAUAAUGAUGUAGAAGGACUAAUGAAAAAUUCACUGCAAAAAUCUCAGGACUUAAGGAAGCAUUCAAAUAACAUGCAUCUUAAGUGGUGAAAUUCUGCUAACUGAUUUGUAAAAUGAAUAAUUAGUGAUAUAUUUCAUAAAAGCACAACUUCACCUUGAUUUAUCCUGAAUGAAAAUCAAUCCUCUCACUGAUCCUCUUAUUCUCCAGAUGCAGUUUUAAUUUUUGAAGAAAUACAAGACUGAUGGAAACAAUAUUAUUUGGGUUUGGUUCAAAUGACAUACAGUAUAUGCUGCAACUUGCUAAAUGUAGCAUAUGUUACUUCAAUUCCGUAACCUUGUUGUCCUAUUAGUGUCUCUGCUUGCCUGCGAUCAACACCAUGUUACUGAUAUGGAGCAGCUGUCCUGUUGUAAAUAUUCACUAUUUUUGAGCAUUGUUGUACAUAUAAAAUCAAAUAUUUUUUUAAGAUGACAUUUGAAAGCCCUGUUUACCUCCACGUGUGUUGAUGUGUGUCAUCAUUUUUAGAUGUAUAGUCUUCUUUUGAGAAACUCAAAACAAAGUUUAUUGGCCAUUGUCUGUCCAAGGCUCUUUACUACUUCAUUCAAAGGUGAUAUUGUCCAUCGCUGACAAAACCUUUCAAAUAGUUUACUACAUUAAAUCUGUAAUUCAGUAUAAUUUCACUGAUUGUACUUGAAAUCCAGUAUUUCAAAUCCAGUGUGUGUCAUCCAUUUAAGAUUUUGUAAUGAAUUGUGUGCUGGCUUUUAUCAUUGGAUGAUUAUUCUUGCACAUAAAUCUAAUGGAAUGGAAGUCAUGUUGCUCCCAACGUGUGCGAUGUUUCCGUAAAAAAUGCCAUUGGGCUUUUAUGAGAUUAUAAGUGCAUGAAAUAAUUACAGCAUAGAUUGUUUUUCAACUUUAACAACUGUGUACCUUUGAAUUUGUCUUGAGUGAUAUUCAAUGUUUGUUCAUUUUUUAAGUAAGAAAUGUUGAAACUAUAUGGAUUUACCAUUACAUGCUUACUAAAUGAAU